CUAUCGCUUGCUGUCGUGUGGUACAGCCUAGGCCUCGCUGCUGUUCGUUGUUCCCGGGAGCGGAAGACACCGAGUGUUCGAAUGUAAGGUUGGAGCUCCAGGUGGAGAAUAUCAUUCUGAAGAUGUUUGUUCCCGCCUUCCAGCUGAAGAAAGCAAACUACGUAGAAACGUAGUGAAAGAAAGCACUCGGGGGCUGUGUUGUUCAUUCUGACACUCAGCUAUGCUCUUCCAACAUCCGAGCGAUCGAAGAAAAAGCCAGAGUAGACUUCCAUCUUCCUAUGAGAUAGAACUUGAAGGUGACAAUGACUCUGGUAUAGAAGACGAGCUCCGGUUGGAAGGAAACAAUUCCACAAUCUUUGUGGCUUUUAAAGGGAAUAUUGGAGACAAAGACUUGAAGCAGAAUCUAGCGCAGAUAUUACAGAACGUACCCAACCUCAUAAAUAUGGAGUCCAGCCGGCUGAAGGUCCAGAAGGUGGAGCCAUGGAACAGUGUGCGGGUAACGUUCAGCAUACCAAGAGAAGCAGCCGAACGCUUGCGUCUACUUGCUCAGGGUAAUAACCAGCAGCUUCGGGAUCUAGGAAUUCUUUCUGUCCAGAUUGAAGGGGAAGGGGCCAUCAACCUGGCACUAUCGCAAAACAGAGGACAGGAAGUACGGAUGAAUGGGCCAAUGGGAGCCAACAGUACCAUGAGAAUUGAUGCCAACUUCCCCAUGCAGAGUCGGGCAGGCCUGAUCAGGAUGAACAACCCAUCAGCAAGCAUGAUGUCCCAGGGUCCUCACGUAUCUUCUGCAAUGAUGGCUGCCGGCAGUAGCUCCGACAUGCAGCCAAGGACCCCCAGACCUCCUUCCCAAAAAGAUGGCAUUGACCCAAUGACAUCUGGUAUGACUGUUCAGCAACAAGGCCACCCCUCUGGGUCCAUGGCACCCCAGAUGCACCCCAUGCAGUCCGCUGUUGCUAAUAGACCCAUCAAUGCAGCAAAUUUUCAACAAUUUCAGCAGCAAACUCGCCUACCCCAACAUCAAGUUGCACAGGGACUGCGGCCCCAAUUUGCAGCUCCUGCACAGGUCCCGGUACCUCCAGGGUGGAAUCAGCUUGCUUCUGGAGCUCUGCAGCCUCCCCCUGCUCAGGGGAGUAUGGGAGUAGUGACUGCUAAUCAAGGAUGGAAGAAGUCCCCAAUGAAUGCGGGUCCAAUGCAGCAGCAACAGUUCCAACAGAGACCCUCUUUGUCUACAGUGCAGACUCCUUCUCAUCCUCCCCCUCCAUACCCCUUUGGCAGCCAGCAGGCCUCUCAAGCUCACUCUAGCUUCUCUUCCAUUUCCGGGACAAACCAGUUUAACACACCUUCUAUGAAGCCUUUGCAGGGAAGUCCAGCACGGGCACCAACCCCUUUGCAGCAACCCCACCUCACCGGCAAGUCCCCAGUUUCGUCUCCAUCUCCUUUUCAGCAAAACUCCCCAGCUUCUUCCCCAACAGUGAUCCAAACACAGCAGCAGGCCAUGGGACCACGCGGAACACAAGGCAACCAAAUGCAGCAAGGGUUCCAGCAGCCACCAGUCAGUUCCCCCAGCCACAUGAUGUCACAGGGGAACUCAGCGGGCAACUUCAUGAUGCAACAGGCACAGCAACAGGGUCAGGGUCCACAAGGUAUCCAUACAGGAGUCCCCAAACGGCUUCCUCCAGGUUUUCCAUCGGCACAGGGAAACACAAACUUCAUGCAGGGUCAGACCCCUCCAAAUGUGGCCGGAUCACCAGUAAAUGGUGGAGCACUACAACAGCAAGUAAAUGCAAGUGGUCAAAAAUCAGUUGGUCAACCAAAUGGUUCCUCACACAAUCAGAUGCAAGCGUCCCAUGGAGGUUCAAAUCUAAUGCAGACCAAUCUGAUGGGUCUUCACAGCAACAUGAAUAAUCCACAGGCCAGUGGAAGUGGUGUGAACCAGGUCAACAUUAGUGGGAUGCACUCACAGGGCCAGCAAGGACAGCAAUCUCAGCUUAUGGGCAUGCACCAACAAAUCAUUUCCUCUCAAGGUCAAAUGGUUAGCCUUCAGGGGCAGGCUCCUCUUAAUUCGCAAGGCCAACUGGUACUCUCCCGAUCACAGCUUGUGCCUCAAGGACAGAUGAUGGGGACAUCUCAGAACCAGAACAUGGGCCAAGCACCCCAGAGGAUAACGCCUCCAAAGCAGAUGAUUCCUUCUCACAACCAAUUAAUGACAUCGCAAGGACAAGCUCUAAUGCCGCAAAACUCUGUAAUGGAGCAGAUUAUGCAGGGUGGUAAACAAGGAUUCAAUACCCAGAACCAGACAGGUGGGAUGGCAGGACCCAGCCAGAUUUUACGAGGACCAACCCCAAAUUUGCCUAGCAACAUGGUGCAGUUCUCUGGACAGGCCUUGUCCCAACAGGGAGCAAUCAGUGGUAACCCUACACAGGGGGUGAGCAUGCAAGGUCAUGUUCUCAGGCAGAUUGUGCCUGGACAACAUUUACAGCAGUCACUUGGAGAGGCUGCCAACCAAGCCGGCAGUGAUUUAAGCUCCAUGCUAUCGGACCUUCCUAUGCAGCAAACAGGCAACAUGGCAGCUCAACAUAUGCAGAACAUGCAAGGAAAUGGUGGACCCGGCCAGCACUUUGCAGGACAUGGGCUAUCUUUUGGCUCUCCAUUUUCUCAAGGUGCUAAUGGGAAUCAAAUGACUUGUGGGCAGAAUCCUGGCUUUCCGGUCAACAAAGACGUCACGUUGACUAGUCCUUUGUUGGUGAACCUGCUGCAAAGUGACAUUUCAGCUGGGCAUUUCGGUGUCAACAGCAAGCAGAACAGCGGUGCCGCUAAACCAAAGAAGAAAAAGCCACCAAGGAAAAAGAAGAACCAGCAGGAGGAACAGAUGAGUUCCACUGAGUCUCGCCUCGACGAUAGCGAUCAAACUGGAAUAGCAGGAGAUCAAGGAGGAACUCUAGACGUUGGCCAGAAACUUUCAGAAUUUGCAAACAGGCCUCCAGGUUACCCAGUGCAGUCACUUGAGCAGAGACCACUGCAACAGAUCCCCCCUCAGCUAAUGCAGCUGGGGCAACAACAGGGACAACUUGGCCAAGCUCAACCCCCGACUGCCCCUCAGCAAAUGAUGAUGAUGUUGAUGAUGCAGCAGCAACAGCAGCAGCAAGACCAGAAACCUGUGAGACUUCCUCUUCAACAAGGCAUGUUUAACCCCAGAUCCGCUAUGAACCCAGACGCACAGAGGAUGCCCAUGCAACAAGGAGCAAAUUUGCCUGUUAUGGUGAACUUACAAGGUUCUGGGUCUAUACCACCUUCACCCGACAAGCAAAGGAUGCCUAUAGCAGCCAGCAUGACUUUGGGAAAUAAUGGAAGGAAGAUAAGCUUCUCGGAUCCUGGGCAGAACCAGUCUGGGUCGCCCCUGGGUGAUGGUUCCUCAGCCUUACUCCCAGAUGUUCCAGAGCUUCCCUCUGCUCCAGGGGCACAAAACAAUAUUGCGUCCCAUUUACUCCUUUCACAGAACCAGCUGGUCAUGUCUGGCCCUAAGCCUGGCGCACCGUCUACAAUGUCGUUGGUACAAGGGGCAAGUCCCCAGCAGCAUGCCAGCACUAUGAGUGGCUCUCAUGGACACCAUUUCCAAAGCAUACAGACUACGUCACAGACAUCCCGGCCAAAAACACCAAAUCGAGCAAGCCCAAGACCUUACUAUCCUCAGACUCCAAAUAAUCGACCACCUAGUACUGAGCCUUCAGAGAUUAGUUUGUCUCCAGAAAGACUCAAUGCCUCCAUUGCUGGCCUUUUCCCUCCUCAGAUAAAUAUUCCAUUACCGCCCAGGCCCACAUUAAACAGAGGUUUUGAUCAGCAAGGCUUGAACCCAACUACCCUGAAAGCAAUCGGACAGGUACCUCCAGGGCUGUCUGUAAAUAACCAGUCUACUUUUGGCCAACAUGUAAACAAGAUGGAUAAUGGGGCAGGAAAACAGUCAAACACUGGGGGAAACAAGCGAGCCAGUCCAAGCAACAGCAGGCGAUCGAGCCCUGCAUCCAGUCGCAAAACCACACCAAGCCCUGGAAGGCAGAACUCUAAGACUACAAAGUUGGUUCUUGGAGCUCAGCAAAAUGUUGGACUUCUGCACAGCAUGGAAAUGCAAAGGAAUCUCUUAGCCAGUCAGACAUCAAUGCAGGCUUCUGCUCAUGGGUCUUCAAUUGGACAGUAUCUACCUGCCAGUAUUUCUGCUUCUAACAACUCUGCAGAUGAUAUUAGAGAGAACCCCCCCAUAAUGCAUGAGAGCGAUUUCCAGGCAACUCAGUCCAGUGGCAAGGAACAAGGCACAGUGGAUGUUAAAGCUGUUGUUCACCAAGAGAUGAAGAUGUCAUCACCUGUGGAGUCAGCCAAGGUCGAUCCCCAUUUAACUGAUGCCAGUAGGCCUCCCAUAGGUGAAGAAAACAAAACAAUGAUAUCACCAGCCAUGCGGGAAGCUCCAACUUCCUUGAGUCAGCUACUUGACCAUUCAAAUGCCUCUCAAUCUCACAAUUUCAGUACACUUCGUUCAUCCGCCCCCCAGCCUCACUUGUCCAGCGCCCCCCAGCCACAAAAUGCAAGUGCCCCUAGCAGUGAAUGUCCCCCUCCGCAAACAUCUACAGAAGACACAAUAAUACCAGAACAUCCUGCACAAUUAGGUGAUACCUUAAGUAAGGAAGUUACUAGUGCAUUAUAUCCAUCCCAAGACAUAGAGACAGUCACAGCUCAAGGGAGACCAGAAACACUGGAGCCCAACAACGUCUCACCAAACCUCCCUGUCAACACGUUAAAAAGAACAGCUGGUCCCAUCUCAAAUUCCAGCUCUCUGCCCCAAAACCAGAUAACUGUAUUUGUUACAUCAAACCCAAUCACUCCAUCUGCCAAUGUAUCUGCCUCAAUGACAUCUCAACUUCAGCCAGCAUUGAUGCCUACGAUGGUGACCUUGCCGAAUGUCAGAAGCAAGGUCAUUGUGUCUGAGGGACAACAGACUGUUCAGUCCGGUGCACACCCUCAGUUUAUCACUCCUGUUUUUUUUAAUUCUUCCUCUAUCAUCCAAGUCAUGAAAGGGUCUCAGCAAGGAAACAUAGCUACAUCCACAAUGCCUCCCAAUACAAACAUAAUGCCUCAGUCUGUUGCAGUUGUGGGUCCCUUGCAUAUAUCCCAGAAUAUUCAGUUCUCUGCUGGACAUCCUUCCUCAACCAGUAAUACCUCCAGCACAUCUAACACUCGACCAGUCCUUUUUAAUCAGGUGCAAACUGCAAAUCAACUUGCAUCAUCUCCAGUAGCCGUUCCAACACCUCUUGCCUCCCUGCAUGGGAGAGAAUGCAGUUUAGAUGAGACGCAUUCUCAGAUGUCCACACCUCCUGGCCAGGGGUCUCCAGCAUCUAUACAACCUGCACCAUCCCCAGCUUCUGAAAGUAGCCCAGGAUCUUUAGCUAGUAACAAGAGGAACUCUGCAGUGCCCUCCAAAGCACCGGGCAAAGUAGACAAGAUUGGUCAACGUUUGUUAAAUAGGGCAGGUAAUAAGGGCUCAGAUGGAACUGAAGAAGAGCAGCUUCUUUUAGACCAAGAGAACUCAGAUAUCUUUGGCACAGAAGGCAGCAGUACUGGUUUGUCUCCCCCUCUAGCAAGUCAGGCCACUUCAGAGACUACAAGUACCACAGUAACGUCCUUGGAUCCUGCAUGUCCUGCAAGUAGUUCUCCUGUUAAUCUUAAUGCAUCUCCAUCUGUAACUCACUCUUCUCCAGGGAAUAAAGAAAGCACAAGUGUGUCUGUUGCUGAGCAAGUUGGUGUCAGCCUGGAAGAGAAGCCAACAGAACAGCCUGCAGGAACAAUUUCUUCCCAGUGCAGCACUCAGGAUGAAGGAUUACCGACCGGCAAGGACCGUGCCCCAGAAAAACCAGACCCUGACUCACUAGAGAAUGUAGAAAGCGAAAUAGCAGAGAGGUCUAGGCCCCCAAGCAGAAGGAAUUCUAAAAUAGAGGAGUCUCCUGCACCUCCAGAACCAUUAGAAAGUGGCCAGCGUAAACGUUCCGCUCGACCUGGUUCAGCUUCUAGCUCUGCAAAAGAAUCUGGAGCCAGCCCUACACAGGCCAAGCGGAGGAAAUCCAAGUAGAAUUAUUGUUUUCCGUACCUUCUGAACCAGGGUUGUCCAAUCCAUCAACCAGCUGUUGUUGCAGACUUCCCUGCUGUGAAAGAUCUGUAUAUGUGUGUGUGCGCUGUGAUAGAUUUCUAUUUUUUUAUCAAUGGGAGGCUGAAAUGGAUGUACAUUAUUUUUCUUUUGUUCCUGUGAAGAAGUCCUAAUUUAAAAUAAUAAUAAUAAUAAUAAUUAUUCAACUUUUUUUUUUUUUUAAUUCAUAUUGAUGAUUGACUCAACUUUUAGGUAAAGAAAAUCAUUGUAUUGUGUUGGUAACCCUCUGUCUGUCUUAAAGGGUCUUACCACAGGGGCAAUUAGAAGAUUUAGAGCAGGAUAGGCAGUGAUUGUGAAUACAACUGCCUCGUUGUCUGUUCUUGGGCUAGCAGUGCCCGGCCGAUGAGGUUUAAAUUAGCACCCGUCUUAUUUUGUCAUUUUGUUUUCAAAGCAGACUGUAUACUUCAUGCUCAGAGACAGGACAGAAAGUGCACCAUUUUUCUUUUUACAAUUUUAAUAAUGUGAAGUAAUUUUUAGAAAUGUUAUUGUUUUUUUUUUAUCUUCUCAACUGUUUGCAACUGCAGUGAAAAAAAAUACAAAAGAAUUCAAAUUGAAGUGUCCUACACUAAAUUCACCUUUCGUAAGAAUAAUCACGUUUUGUAUAAGUUAAAAAGCCAAGUUUGAAAUCGGGUAUUGUGCACAGUGUCCGGGCAUUUUCUAUGAUGUCUGAAGAUUUCCGAGCAAAGUGUGAAAUAAUAAAUGUAAAAUAGAUUUUGAAAAUUGAACCCUUAACUUUAAAUGACCACAUUUCGGUUUCAGUAGGCUUUGUUUUCAUACUUUGCCUCAAUGUAUUCAGACAUGUCAUAGAAUAGCUAGGCAAAAUAUUGAAUAUAUAUAUUUAUACACAAGCAUCCCACACCCUCUUUUUGGUGAGAAUCAUGAGCUAUACAGACUCCACUUAUUUUGUGUUGUUAAAGUACUGUAUUUAUAAAGCAAAGACUUUACUAAGGCAGCAGCCAGGAGAUUUAAAUGUUGUAAAUAUUUUUAACAAUCAUAUGGUUAAUUUGUUGUAGAAUUGGACCAGUGGACACAAUGUUUGUAACAAAUAUAUGGAU